CAUAGCUGCCUGGCACUCUGGAGCAGCCAGUCAAUGAGCUGAGAUCUCUCGAGGGAUCAACACCUGCUUCACCUCGGCACCAGCAGCAGAUCCACCCAGCCCCAAGAAGCAGGGAGAGCAACAGGAAGCAAAGGAGUUGCCAGGGGUUAGCAAUUAUCCUCCUUGAACCCAGGGCAGAUUGCCAUUCCUUUUAGGCUAAGAUGCAAGCAGCUGGUCCCAGCGCAGGCACAAUUCGUGAGUUCUAGUUACUGUCACAAGAACUACGUGGCAACAAAACCACCUCCUCUGCUGUAUCUUGCUCCCUCCCACACUUGGGCUCUUCAUGGCUCCCACCUACAGCCCCCAGGGCAGCUGGACUCCUCUGGCCACGCUGGCCUUGCUAUGGACUUCUUUGGCCUGGAUCGAGGGCAAGCCUGCGUGUCCUUCCUGUCGGGUGCCGCCUCUGGAGCCCAGUGCUGAGAAAGCCUUUCUGGUCGAAUUAGCCAAGCAGCAGAUCCUGCAGAAACUAAACUUGAGCGAGAGGCCCAACAUCACCCACCCAGUGCCACGUGGGGCAGUGGCCAACGCCCUACGCCGCCUGCACCUGGGCAAAGCCCGGAUGGACAGACUUGGGCACUUCUCCAGCUGGCAGAACCCCGAGCCUGAUGAACAGGGGUACGAGAUCAUUAGUUUUGCAGAGACAGAGCCCUCUGGGGUCCUACAGUUCCAGCUGACACAUCCAAAAGGCCAAGACAUGCACAUCCUCCAGGCUGAGCUGUGGCUGUACCUUAAGGCUCACCAGAACAUCACGCUGCAGGUCUACCUGGCAGGGCAGCAACGAGUGGCCCUUGGGGAGCGGCAGCAGCUGGAGAGCAAAGGCAGCAGCUGGCACACUUUCUCCCUCAUGCCAGAUCUGCAGAGCUUCCUUGAGCGUGAGGAGACGGCGCUGUGCCUGGAGCUGCAGUGUGAGGGCUGCCACCCCAGCAUCGACUCUUUGCUGACUGCUACCGGAAGCUCCCAACAGCCCUUCUUGAUGGUUAAGGCCAAGAUACGGGAGCCUGGCCACCGGGUAGCUAAGCGCAGCCUGAGCUGCGACCAGAACUCUGACCUGUGCUGCAGAAAAGACUAUUACGUAGACUUUCGGGACAUUGGUUGGAAUGACUGGAUCUUCAAGCCAGAAGGUUAUCAGAUAAACUAUUGCAUGGGUGAGUGCCCAAUGCACCUGGCUGGCUCACCUGGGGUAGCAGCCUCCUUCCACACAACUGUCUUCAACUUGGUCAAAGCCAACAACAUCCAGACUGCUGGCCGUUCUUGCUGCGUCCCCACACAGCGACGGUCCCUUUCUUUGCUCUACUUUGAUCCCAAUAGCAACCUCAUAAAGACAGACAUUCCUGACAUGGUUGUUGAUGCUUGCGGUUGCAGCUAGGAACAGGAUUCUAGCCACAGGGAAAGCUGAGAGGGGCAGAACAGAAGAUGUAAGACAUUUCCCACUACUCCUAUUCAUGGGCGUAGCCAGGGUUUUUGUUAGGGGGGGGCAGAACCGGCAUGAUUGGUCAGUUAGUUAUUUCUAUUGUUUUACUUGAUCUAGGGGGGAGCUGUCCCCCUGCCCCCCCUGCCCCCCUGCCCAUGCUCCUAUUAGACACCCAUGUGACGGUCAUGAUGCUCCUAUCUAAGCUGGGUAGCAUGGUGUGUUGGACUCUCUUCAUAGAGCAACAGUGGUUUCUGCAAAGAAGAGCAAGUUGCAGGAAGCCUUAACCAAUCCUGCCCUCUUCAGGACAAAAGCAUUCACAGUAAAGCACAUAAAUAGUGCUAGGCAGGGCUACCAACAGGGUCAUUUGGACUUGGGACACUAUUAUAUUCAGGUUCCACUCUGGAAGUGGCAACUCAAUAGCCUCUCUGAUCUCUGCUUUUCCCACCACCACCACAACACGCACAGCAGAUUCAACCCCUAUCUAUGGCCCUAUGGGAUUAGUCCAAAUGCCAGCUGGGGGAAAGCCAGCAUAACAUAUCCCCCAGGAAUGUAGGUAGUCCGCGGACAAAGGACAUACAUGCAUGCAUGCUUGUCUCAAUCCAUUCAGUUCAUUUUUAAUAUAUGCUAUUGAUGCAUUCAGGAUUCCAGAAUGCGAUUGGAGAGAAUUAACCACAGAAACCCCUUCAGACCUGACCAGAUACAAUGGGAUAGAAUUUGGGGUUCUUGGCUUUGGGUAGUUUAAGAAUUCUCAUGGUUAUGGCUCUCACUUUCAUUGUGUUCCCGCCUGUGUCUCUGGCUGGACUAGAAAGUGUUUACUUGGGAAAAGCCAGCAAUGAGUGCACAGAAAAAUGGGGAUACUAAAGAGUCAGAGCCACACAUUCAAUCAGUAACACUGAUGCCAAAGGUCCCCUUGAUGCCAUUAAUACCUUUUUUAUUUGUGCAUGGAUGUUGCACUUAUGUUAAUGUAUCUAUCUAUAUUAUUUUAUUUUUGAAUUACAUCAAUAAAAAUGAUGUGUUUUUUAAAAAAGCAUCCAGCAUGGUUUAAGAAAUGUUUUUCAUCCACAAAACUGUCCAGAUAUGGGUUUUUUUUUAAAAAAAUAAAUAAAUUCAUUAAUCAACUUUUCUUUGAUGUACAUCAAACAUAUAAAUGAAGUACAAUACAGUGUUCAAAACACACCCAUUCAAUAUAUAUAUGGAGAGGAAGAAAGGGGAAAGAGAGAUUUCUUCCAGCCUUACAAGAAGACAACAGAGAUUGAAUUUGGGACUCUUUGCUGCUGAGCAAAAAACAAAAACCUCUUAGCAGCAGAUGUACUAACCACCUUAAGGUUUUAAUGUCAUUCUACCAGUAGCCCCCACCCCAGCUAAGAAAGUAAGAAAAGUGCUGCUGGAUCCGCCCAAAAGGCAAUCAAGUCCUUAUCCAGAUGCCAGCCAUCCAGAUGCCUAGGGGGAGCCCAAAAGGACGCAGGGCCUGAGGGCAACAGCACUCUCCUCGCCUGUGAUUCCCCACAGCGGGUAUUCAAAGGCAGUGAAGGGACAGUGCAGCUCUCAUUUCUUUCUCUGUUCUUUGGUGCUUCUCUGUUCCCAACAUUCCUGUGUUAGUACUGAGCACCAACCCAUUAUUCCAGGCCAUGUUACACACAUGCACUGAGGUCUCUGAGUCCAGAUCAUCAAAUUCUCUGUCUUUCAUCACAUUGCAAGAGAACCAUUGCAUGCAGGUUGUUCUACUGGGGCUUCAUACUGAAGUUAAACUAAUGGCAUUUGCAAGAUACGUUAGCAAGUUUGCCUGCGACUAUCAGUUACAAUUAUUCUGUGGCGUUUGGGGGCAUAAACAAGAGCCCACGUUAAAAGUUCCUGCAGGAGACUAAGAGUAGAGACAUGCAGUAUUUAAAAGCACUGGAAGUGAUUAGAUAAGGGCUUUGCUGCACUUGGCAGCAUACAUUUCAUUUUCCCUUAUUUAUUAAAUAUAUACCACCCUUCAUCCACAGAUCACAAGAUAAAAAUACAGGAUAAAAGUACAAAUAAAUAGAACCAAAAAUCCAAAAACAAAACAAUGCACCCCUCACUGUCAUCUCUAGUCAAAGGAGUGUGGCAGGUUUUCAAAACAAUACAAAUGUAUUCUAAACCUGCUUACUAGAGGCAAAAGUCUAACAAGUAUGUUGUUGUUUAGUCAUUUAGUCAUGUCCAACUCUUCGUGACCCCAUGGAGCAGAGCACACCAGGCACUCCUGUCUUCCACUGCCUCCCGCAGUUUGGUCAGACUCAUGUUGGUAGCUUCGAGAACAUUGUCCAACCAUCUCGUCCUCUGUCGUCCCCUUCUCCUAGUGCCCUCCAUCUUUCCCAACAUCAGGGUCUUUUCCAGGGAGUCUUCUCUUCUCAUGAGGUGGCCAAAGUAUUGGAGCCUCAGCUUCACGAUCUGUCCUUCCAGGGAGCACUCAGGGCUGAUUUCCUUAAGAAUGGAUAGGUUUGAUCUUCUUGCAGUCCAUGGGAUUGAGUCUCCUCCGGCACCAUAAUUCAAAAGCAUCAAUUUUUCACCAAAUGCAGUGAUCAUGGAGCCCAAGAAAAUAAAAUCUCUCACUGCCUCAAUUUCUUCCCCUUCUAUUUGCCAGGAGGUGAUGGGACCAGUUGCCCUGAUCUUAGUUUUUUUGAUGUUGAGCUUCAGACACGCUCUCCUUUUUCACCCUCAUUAAAAGGUUCUUUAAUUCCUUUUCACUUUCUACCAUCAAGGUUGUGUCAUCAGCAUAUCUGAGGUUGUUGAUAUUUCUUCCGGCAAUCUCUAUUCUGGCUUGGGAUUCAUCCAGUCCAGCCUUUCGCAUGAUGAAUUCUGCAUAUAAGUUAAACAAGCAGGGAGACAAUAUACAGCCUUGUCGUACUCCUUUCCCAAUUUUGAACCAAUCAGUUAUUCCAUAUCCAAUUCUAACUGUAGCUUCUUGUCCCACAUAGAGAUUUCUCAGGAGACAGAUGAGAUGAUCGGGCACUCCCAUUUCUUUAAGAACUUGCCAUAGUUUGCUGUGGUCGACAUAGUCAAAUGCUUUUGCGUAGGCAAUGAAGCAGAAGUAGAUGUUUUUCUGGAACUCUCUAGCUUUCUCUAUAAUCCAGCGCAUGUUUGCAAUUUGGUCUCUGGUUCCUCUGCCCCUUCGAAAUCCAGCUUGCACUUCUGGGAGUUCUCAGUCCACAUACUGCUUAAGCCUGCCUUGCAGAAUUUUAAGCAUAACCUUGCUUGCGUGUGAAAUGAGCACAUUUGUGUGGUAGUUGGAGCAUUCUUUGGCACUGCCCUUCUUUGGGAUUGGGAUGUAGACUGAUCUUCUCCAAUCCUCUGGCCACUGCUGAGUUUUCCAAACUUGUAGAUGGUAUUUAACACCAACAAAAUUAGCCAAAAUGUAGAAAGGGUCAAACAAAUAUUGAAAACAUAAACAAACAGAAGGGUCAUUUUUUCAUAUUUCUAGAAGUCCACCACCUUUCGAGGGAGUCUGUUCCACUGUGAAACAGCUCUUACUGUCAGAAAGCUCCAGGGCAGCCCACUCUGCUCUAGUGAGAAAUUCCUCAUCUUGCCUGAUAGCUUAGAUACGCAGGCCUCAAGUUGCUGUACCUUUCUCUUCCAGCAAUACAACCACUUGGUGCAGGUGUAGUUCUGCAUAUUCUCAGGCAAGAAGAUAAACAUGGCACAAGUGUUGCAGGCUACUGCAGCAGAGCUCCCUCGCUGCCCAUGUCUCUUGUUCUUACAUACACCGUGAGACAGUACUCCAGGCCUCCCCUUCAAAUCCCCCUGCUAAUCACCCUCAUGUAUUUUGAAGGAUAGCUGUAAUUUAGUUCACAAACUGGGUGGGUUCUUAUUAAAAUGGAAACUGAACUGAAUUGCUCUCCCAUCUCUAGUCACCACCACUACUGUUAUAAAGCACCCACCCUGUCUGCCUGCUGCAACAGCCAGCGGUACUAGGGCCGACUCCGGAUUUGUAUAUCUCACAGUUGGGGCCAGAGCAAUUAUGAUGGCAGUGCUGGUGAUUUCUGGUGGUUGGACCCAGAGGUGCACUCAGCGCCAACCCCCUGGGCAGGCAGGUAGCCCUGUAAGCCACAAGGGUGGGUUUCAUCAGGGUGAGCGGUACCAGAAGGGGAAUCCUGCUAUGGACAUCUUGCUCUGGAACUGGGCCCAAGAUUGGACAGAUCAACUGUUAUCUUACAGGCUGGUACAAGUCCAAAGACAAGUCCAAAGACCUACACACUGGCAAUAAAUGAAAAUGUUCAACUGAGUACCAGACCAAAGGCAUUAUACGUAGUUGUAUAAAACCUUCUCCCAACUUUUAAAAACAAAAAGGAGCCUUGGGAGGCUGUGAUCAGGAACAGAAGAGCGCCAUGGAUUUGGGGGGGGACGACAGAAAGACAGCUACCCAGUUCCUAUGGCUCCCCAAGUUUUUUUUAUGACACUCCUUCUUAAAGUUUAAUGCCUCUUGCUAAAAAAACUGCCUCCCUACUUUGCCUAACUUAAACAUAGCAUGCUUUUCAACGUUAAAAUCAUCUUGAGAACAUUACAUGAAUCUGUGGGGAAACAAAAAUUAGUUUGUCAUCAAGUGUACAGUUGAUAUGGAGCUGCUGCCAAUUCUAGCUAUUUGCCUGGCAUAUCUGUAGGAGAGAUGCAUUUCCAAAUAUAUGAAUGUCUAACUCACACAUUUUUAG